UUUUUUUUCUUAUUUCUUUUCUUUAUAUAUAAAUAUUUUUAUUUUUUAUUUUUUAAAGAAAUAAUAAUGGUUGCUGUCAAAGUUGGUCAAUACCUUAUUCAACGCCUCAAGGAGGUUGGCAUUGAAACUAUUUUUGGUGUUCCUGGUGAUUAUAAUAUGCCAUUAUUAGAUAUGAUUGAAGAUGAUAAACAACUUAUUUGGGGUAAUAACGCAAAUGAAUUAAAUGCUUCAUAUGCAGCAGAUGGUUAUGCUCGUAUUAGAGGUGUCGGUGCCGUUGUUACUACCUUUGGUGUUGGUGAGCUUUCUGCUGCUGCUGGUAUUGCUGGUUCUUAUUCUGAAAUGCUUCCUGUCAUUCAUAUUGUGGGUACACCCAAUACUAAGUCUCAAGCUGAAGGAGCUAUCCUUCAUCAUACUCUUGGUAAUGGUAACUUCCAAGUCUUUGUUGACAUGUUUGCCAAGAUUUGUUGUGCAUCUACUCAUUUAACUCGUGAUACGGCCAUUAAGGAAAUUGAUCGUGUCAUUCAAGAAUCUAUUGUUCGUAAGCGUACUGGUUAUAUUGGUAUUCCAAUUGAUUUAAUCAACUAUGAAGUCAACAUUCCCGAUAUCAGACCUCUUGAUCUUAGUCUUCCCAAGAACCCUGCCAAGACUCAAGAUGUCUGUCUUAAGGUCGUUUUAGAGGCCAUUAACAGAGCCCAGCAUCCUAUUAUUAUCGUAGAUGCUUGUAUUCAACGUCAUAACCUUCAAAAGGAAGCUGCCGCCUUUAUCAAGCGUUCUGGUUUCCCUACUUAUGUUGCCCCCAUGGGUAAAGGUCUCGUUCCAGAGGAAUACGCAAACUAUCGUGGCUGUUAUGCAGGCACUAUUACUCUUGAAGGUAUCGCUAAGGAAGUUCAGUUGGCUGACUUGAUUAUUGAACUUGGUUCAAUCAAGUCUGAUUUCAACACAGGUGGAUUUACAUAUGGCUUAGAUCGUGACAAGACCAUCUCCCUUCACUCAUUUGCUACUAAUGUAUUCUAUGCUGAUUAUGAUAAGGUUAACAUGACCGAAUUCCUUCCUCUCCUCACCAGUCAUCUUCCUCAACAACCUCGUCAUUUUGAACUUGGUCCUCGUUGUGAGCCCGCUCCUAUUAGUGAGGGCACUGAGAUCACUCAUAACUAUUUCUGGAAUAAAGUUCCCGACUAUAUUGAUGAUAACUCAAUCAUCGUUGCUGAAACCGGUACCUCUGAGUUUGCUUCCUUUAAUAUGAGGGCCUCAAAGAAUGCCUUCUUUAUUGCUCAAGUCCUUUGGGGCUCCAUUGGUUACUCUGUCGGUGCUGCUCUUGGUGCUGCUAUGGCUGCUCGCCAACGUCGUGUCUAUCUCUUCUGCGGUGAUGGCUCCUUCCAAUUAACUUGUCAAGAGGUCUCUGUCAUGCUUCGUCAUGGUCUCACUCCCGUUCUCUUUAUCUUGAACAAUGAUGGCUAUCUGAUUGAAAAGUUGAUCCAUGGUCCUCAUCGGGAUUAUAAUAACUUCCAGAUGUGGCAAUAUGGUAAAUCUCUUGACUAUUUCGGAGCUCCUCUUGAACGUAACAUCAAAUUGGGCUCCUCUAACGUUGGUUAUCAAGGUAAAGUUACAAAUCGUUCUGAAUUUGAAGCUGCCAUGAAGGAGGUUCACUCUCAACGUGAUAGAAUUCAUCUUAUCGAAGUCGUCAUGCCUCGUUUCGAUGCCCCUCGUGAAUUAAUUCUUCAAGUUGAAACUUCUGAAAACCGUUAAUUUUUAUUUUAUUUUUUAAUUUUAAUUUUACUUUAUUUUGCAUUAUUCUUCUGUCAAUCAUAAAUAACCAUAAUAAAAAAAUUUUUUUUUUCUC